UUACCAUCAUCGCCAACGUCGAGUGUGUUGGACAAACGCCCAAAGGUUGGUCCAACAGCAAGACAAAGUCUGGAACAACUUUUCACCGAGCUCAUCAACUUAAAAAAAACGCUCCACAACUCCGACAUCACAGCAACAUUCUCAAUUAGGGCAGGAGUGCAGGAUCAUUACGCCUCAAUCACUGGUAACGAGCAGUAAAGUAGACACGGAGCAUGAAUAACAACGCCGCUGGAGGAUACACAGACAGACAGACAGACAGAGAGAUAGAUAUAUAGUUAGAGAGAUCGAUAGGGAGAGAGUGAUAGAAAAGAGGAGAAUGAAGCGUGGAAGAUGCAGGACUAGGAAGUGAAGAGAGGGCUGGGUGGGGAAGGGAGAGGUGGGUUCGUAGAUUGUUUUGCGACAGCUGAUCGUCGAUUUAUUCCAAGUCCAGGCACAGGAGAGCAACGACCUGCACGCUACGUAUGCGGAAUAAGUACGAUCCUCAGCAGUCGUCAGCCGACUGGCUACAUACUUUUUGAGGCCCCUUUUGCCUUGUCGAUGCUUCUCUCUCUGGGAGUUGAGCAGCGUUUCUGAUUCACCCACAUCUUCUCGCUAUAAUCCCACCCCGUCUCAGCUCCCCCAAAGUUGUUGCCUGUGGUUUGCAUCGAUACUGAACCUCGGAGCAGUGAUGAGUUAACCGGUUUGAGUCUGAGUCGGUGGUUUUAGGUGCUGAAAUUGGUGUGCGUGGGUUACUAUUUCUAUGAGGAUAAUGGUGUAAAGGUGCGGGAUGUUGUGGUUGUAGAAGUGUCUCUGCUUGUGCCAAAGAGUGGAGGGAGUGGAGGAGUGGACGGUAUAUUCAUGCACUAGAACCACUUCGACUUAACUUACACUGUUUCGCAUAAAUUUGGGGGCCGUGGCGUUGCAGCACGAGCUUGCUUGUGCCCUCCUGUAUUAGAUCAUGAAGAAAUUUCGAGCGGGGAGCAUGUCUAGAUUAUUCUCUCGUGUCCUCGUCACGAUGGUGAAGAAGCCUUAAGCUGAGGGCGAAACGGGAUUGUGGCCAUGAUUGUAGUGCCCGUGACGACUCGAUUCUUGGAGGAAGCCAAUUGCAUUAAGUGUGUUUGAGAGUAGGAUUUGUAGAGGAGUGGAGUAGUCGUUUGGGUAGUAUGCCAGGAGGAGGAGUGAAGGACGCUGCCACUAACAGCGUCGCCACAGCGAUGGCGAUCGCGGGACGGGCGUCAAGAGCAUGCGACGUCUGUGGCUCGCAGCGCGCGCGCUGGUAUUGCAAUGCAGACAACGCGUAUCUGUGUUAUCGCUGCGACCAGAACGUGCAUUCAGCCAACGCUCUCGCGCUUCGACACGAGCGUGUGCGGCUGAACUCGCAAGGCAAUAUCUCUUCGCAGUCCCCAAGAAAGGCCCUCGUCGUCGACACUUCUGCCCGAAAACAUUCUCGUAACCACACGGCGCACGCGGCUCAAUCUCCCCCUUCGCGCAAGCGGUCUCGUCUUAGCCGACGGCCUAAUCCUCACGUCUCGUCUCCAGUGGACACCCUCUUCAAGCCUCACAAGGCAAGCCAUCGCGGCAGCAAGGUGAAAUCCGAGAGCUCUCACGAGGUACCUAACUUCGUGACUGUGAACAUCCAGGAGUCCUCGUUUUCCUUCACUCAUGAUAGCGCCACGGUCAUGUCCAUGGCAGAGUAUUGCAAGGGCCGAGCUGCUGCUGCUGCUGCGGCUGCCAUGUCCAUGUCCGUAGACGUAGAUACGUACGAGGAACUCAGCAGCGGCGAUUCUGACCAGUUUUUGGUGCCCACUGGCUACCUGGACGAUUUCGAAAGCGCCGCUGUUGCGCCUGUCGAAGACGGAUCCAGUCCUUCGGAGGACGCUGAGGAUGCCCCUGGCUAUGAGGAAAACCAUCACGACAUCACCGAUGCUGUUGAUUUGAGAGAUGGUUUGGAGCUGGAGGGCGGAAGCGACGACGCAUAUCGCUUGGAUUUUUCGGACAUCGUGGCUCUGCGCGAGGGAGAUGAGGAUGCCUUUGAGGGAGAUUAUGGGGAAACUGAGGGAGAUGCCUUUGAGGGUGAGUGUGGGGAUACUGAGGGAGAUGGUGAGGUCGAGGCUGCAGCAUCGAAUGAGCAGAGCUGUGUUGAUGGCUUCCCCGAGGAGCAGCCGAACUGUGUCGUUCCGUUCACGAAGGAAUAUCUUUACAAGGUGAAGAGCGAGAAUUCCGUGCGGGACGGCUUUGCUUUGAUCAAAAAAGAGGUGGCUGCCGUCUUGCGGUGCUCUCUGGAGGGAGAAGAAGCGAAACCUGCUGCGCCAUCUUUACUGAGACUGAACUUCGACGAUGUACUGUCGGCCUGGUCGGAUCGCAGUCUGUGGACAGACGGAAAGCGGCCCCAAACUGUGCCGGAUGACUCAUCGGAAGCUGUGGGAGGAUUGGACUUAGGUCUAGUGCCAGAUCUUAGUAAAGGAUGUGCUCAAGGACAACCAGGAACAGGUGGCGACCGAGGAAGAGAGGCCCGCGUGUUGCGUUACAGAGAGAAACGGCGCACUCGCCUCUUCUCCAAAAAGAUUCGUUACGAAGUGCGCAAACUGAAUGCAGAGCGUCGCCCUCGCAUGAAGGGCCGAUUUGUGAAGCGAACAACGGGUUGCUCGUGAGCAACGUCGUUCCCACAGAGUUUGCUGGACUAUGUGAUGACUACAUACAGCGUCAAUUAGAUCGAGCUAAUCGCUUAGGUUUGAUAUGAAUUAGGAGAUCUCGAGUAAUCCAUCUUCGCAAGAAGACAGGCAACUUUCAUAAGUGGGUCACGUUCAUAAGGGGUAUGUCCUUGGUACCCUCCAUGUCCUCGUUCUGAAGAGUAUCCUCGUCUUCGAUAUUUCAUGUUUCAGUUUAUCGACCUCAUAUUAGGAAAUUUCGAUUCAGUGAGCACCGAAACAUACGCUAGACUAGUGAUUUUCCUGGUGAUGUGUGUUAAUGCGGAAAUAUAGACAAGGUAGGUAAGGUUCUGGUAUAGUUUACAAAAUGCAGCUUCCUACCAGUCCAGCUCAAUUGGUGUAGAUACAACCGUGUACAAAAAGGUGGUAUGCGCAACAGAAUUACAGCUCUUUUUUGCCACGCUUGACAUAAGUGGUGGAUUACGUGUUUGUCUACUAUUAAUUCUCAGGCGCUGGCCCCAACCGCGGGUUGGCCUCUCUGAGACAAUGUUUAAGAUAAAGGGAAAUUUGUAAUUUUGUUACCAAGAGAACUCAAUUUUUUUUUUACCAGUUC